CACAUUUUGUAGUUCAGUUUCUAGUCUACUUGUUACACUAGCUUCACAGAUACAAGCAAGAUGCGGGUGUUGGUGAUCUCUGCGAUAGUCCUUGCUAUCAGCUUAGUUCAGGUUUUAGAGGUGACUGAAGCGGCAAGCUCCAGCUUAAAGCGAGAAAAUGCCUUUGAACUUAUUACAGAAUCAGGAGCACCUGGGUUUGUGGCUGAUCCCAAGAGAAUAAUCGAAGGAAAAGGAGGCGAUGAAGGAAAUAAAGAUCCAGAAACCCAAGAAGAAAAGGACAAAAAGGAAAAAGAUGAAAGAGUAAAGAAUGAUCAAGAAAAUGGAGGAAAAGAAGACAACAAAACUGAAGACAAACCGAAGGAUAUCGCUGAAUCAUCAAGUAAUAAACUCAAAGAAAAUAAUCAUAAGCCAACACCCCAAACGAAAAAACAAUCGUUCAUUAUGCGUGUCCUUCAGCGAGUCUGGAGUGUUAUCUCAUUUCCUAUCAAAGAAAUCUGGUACUUUUACAAAAUCGUCACCCUCAACAGAAAGCCUAGGAGACCAAGACAGUAGUUUUCCGUUAAUCUUACCAUGCUAUUCUUGUAUUAGACUUGUUAUUAGAUAAGUUACAUACAAGUACACUCUUUGGACAUA